AUGAACCCUGGUACCAUUUCUCCCCUCGAGUCAGCCGACCCUCCAUGUCGUCCCCUAGAAUCAACGAAGGCUGGGGAUUCAACUGCUGAAUCUACGGCGCCCACAUCGCCCAUCCUCUCACCGCCCCCGCCCGCGACCUCCACUUUAGAAUCAGCAUCUCCCGAAUUAGAUGUGGAGCUUGCACGUACCGAAACCGCGGCCCUUGAACCGAACAUUCCUAGAACCUCCAACGUAGAACCGACAGCGCCAGCACCUUCCGCUCUAGAACCAGCAACACCUCCAGCUUUAACCCCAACACCAGCGAAACUCUCAGCCUUCAGUGUGAAACAAACAGAGCCCGUAACUCCCCCCCUACAAUCAGGUAGUCCCACAACCUGUGAUGCGGAAAGAGCUGCACUUACAACCUCUGAUACGGAACCAACAAAUCCCACAUGUUGCAGUCUGGAACCAGUAGAGUCAGUACCCCUACAUGAGGAACCAGCGGUGCCCUCAACCUCAGAAGAAACAGCAAUGUCUAUAAUCUUAGGAGAGACAGUAAUGGCCACAACCUCAGAAGAGACACCAAUGGCCACAACCUCAGAAGAGACAACAAUGGCCACAGCUUUAGAGGACACAGCAGUGGUCACACUCUCAAAAGAAGCCUCAGACACGUUGAUUGCCGAGGAGCCCGCGACGCUGUCGACCACCACCCUUGAAACACCCAUACCCACGUCCUCCUUCCAAGAGCAAGUGACAGGCACACACUUAUCCAAAGACCAAACAAUAUCUACACUGCCCACGUCUUUGAUCUCGAUCCAAGAACCCACAGGUCAAGCAACACAUUACGUCACCACCCUGGAGCCACCGAUCCCUUUGAGUUCCUCCCAGGUAUCAAUUACAUCCUCAGUUGAUAUGCUAGAAACAUCGAUGUAUGUAACUACACCUUCUAUCCGGGAAUUCACUACCAACAUCUCUACCGCUUGCACACUUCCACUUGACAGUAACCCCCUUGCCUGCAGCCUUUCUGCUUUCCCACUCCCGUCUCCCUCUCCUUCACUCCCGGAUAUUGAGUUCCCGCGAGACUCUCCUGCACCUGAUCCCCCAUUUCCCUUAUCCUGCGGCUCUAGAACUUCCUCUGCCACUGUAGGAAUCUUCCCUUUUGAAGAAUGGACGCAAAGCAGGGAGUCGACCCCGUCUGCACCUCGUAUGACAAUCAAAACCGGCAGGUGCCUCGACCCCGCCCUCUACCCAUGCUUCUCCUGGGCGGACACGGCGGCGGGGGGUGACACCUCCAUCGCGACCACCUCUUGCACAGCAAUCAAAACUGUUUUAGUUUACCCUCCCAGUACUGUGACACCUCGAAAGGCCCUCAGAACAGAGGCAGGGGACACCUGUGCGUCGGCAGCAGCAGUCCGUUGCCUCAGGACGAAGUCGAAGUCCCAGUUCACGAAUGACUUUGGUCGAGACGUUUCGGAGAGCAAGGAGGAUGUCCUUUACUGCCCAGCGACUCCAAGAAGGGCCCUCAGAUUCCGGAAUGCCGUCCCUUGCAGCGCUACGACGCAUGGCAGAGCCAUCAAGACUGAAAGUUGGGGACUACAUGGCGCCAGCGUGCCCUUCCGCACAUUUCAUGAUGGAGGUUUUGCCGUUCACAAUAUCAGUUCAUCAUUGUUCGGUCCAGUCAAGACAAAAUGUGCCGUUACAUUCUUCACCGCAUCACCGCGCCCACCCAUCAAGAACGUCGCUUUCCUUCCAGCAUCACCACGCCCUCCCAUCAAGAAGGAAGGCUCGGCCACUUUCUUCACUGUCUCGCCGCGUCGGUCCAUCAAACAGGAAAGUACUUUCUUCGGUGCAACACCUUGGAGGUUCUUUGAGGUCGAAGGCCGUUCCCAAUACAGAAGGAUAGAGCCCUGCGAGGCUAUUCAGAAUAAAGGAUGCUAUGAUCACGAUGCCAUAUCCCACUCCAAGUCGGUAUUUUGUGAGCCAAGUGUGCCGACUCUCUCGCCCACUCAAGCGAAUUAUCAGCGAAGCAGAGCUCUGCAAAAGGGCAUCUGCGUAGCCUAUUAG